UCAGCUUCCUCUCUAGUCCCUUGACCCUCAUAAAACAUAGAAAAGGGGCAAACAAAUUUUGGAGAAGAAAAGAAAACUGAAAACGAAUCACUGAACUGAAUUAGAUUCUUAUUAGAAUUAGAAAGUGCCUCCAAUUUUGUUUGGAUGAGUGAGAGUGUGAAAAAGGAAAAGCAAACAGAUAAAAGAGAGAGGAUGAAGAACAUCUUCAAGAAGCUUCACAUAGGGAGCAGCAACCACGAUCCUCAUCGAUCCAAUGAAAUUGCGCCACCUGUACCCGCGCCGUCGCCACAUGUACCGUCGCCGUCUUGCGCCCCUGAUCAAGUUCAAAGUUCCGGUGCCUCUCCGACAAGUCCUUCUUAUUCGUCACCGUCCACUGCAGCCGUCGCCCCCGGCGGCGCCGCUGCGCUGGUCAACCGGCAAGACUUUUUCUAUUCGGAGGAGGAGUUUCAGGUUCAGCUAGCCCUAGCCAUCAGUGCUUCCAAUUCGGACUUCCGUGAUGAUCCUGAGAAGGAUCAGAUCCAUGCUGCGACGAUGCUGAGCUUGGGAGGUCAUCGAAUUGAUUCGAAAAGGAACAAAGAUGAUAUGGCGGAGGCGCUGUCUAGGCAGUACUGGGAAUACAAUGUGCUUGACUAUGAGGAGAAAGUAGUGGAUGGUUUUUAUGAUGUAUAUGGGCUUUAUAGCGAUUCAGCAAUGCAAGGAAAGAUGCCAUCUCUUACAGAUCUUGAAGCGAACCCCGGAGGUUCUAGCUUUGAAGUGGUCAUAGUUAAUCAAAGAAUUGAUCCUGCUUUGGAAGAGCUGGUGCAAAUUGCAUAUUGUAUUGCAUUAGACUGCCCUGUUUCUGAGAUUGGUAUUUUGGUACAAAGGCUCGCUGAACUUGUCACAAAGAAGAUGGGUGGUCCUGUCAAUGAUGCUAAUAUUAUAUUGGCAAGAUGGACGGAAACAAGUACAGAGUUAAGGACAUCUCUUCACACAAGUGUAUUGCCACUUGGGUCCUUAAAUGUUGGGCUCUCUAGGCAUCGUGCUUUGCUUUUCAAGGUAUUAGCUGACAACAUUAAAAUGCCUUGUAGACUGGUAAAAGGUAGUCAUUACACUGGUGUCGAGGAUGAUGCUGUCAACAUUAUAAAGCUGGAGGAUGAAAGGGAGUUUUUGGUUGAUCUCAUGGCUGCUCCUGGAACACUUAUCCCAGCUGAUAUUUUAAAUACAAAGGAUAGUGCCUUGAAGUCUUACAAUCCCAAGAUUUUGUCAAGUUUACCUUCCACUAAGGAAACUGGAUUUCCUUACUCAAGACCUAUCCCACCAUCUCAUGGUGAAGGUAGUAGUCAAAAUUCUGUGAUAAAAGGUGAUUCGCCACCCUUGAAUGAAAAGUCAUGUUUUGAGAAGUCGGACUACUUGCCUUCAAACUUAGGUUUGAGCAGAGACACUAGUGUUGGUCCUUCUAAAAUGCCUAAUAGAGGGAUUCCUAACCAACCGGAAAAUUUGCCACUCUUAUCUGGUACUUCUCUAUAUAAAGGGACUCUUGGGAUGAAUGCAGUUGGUGAUGGGACAAGAUUGAAUGUCAAUGUUGUACCGUAUGCUCAGAACAGCCCAAACGACUCGCAGAGCCUCUUUGCAGAUCUUAACCCAUUCCAGAUAAAAGGAACUGGGAAGCCCUCUGUGCUUAACAAACCUAUCGAAAAUAAACCUCCUGAGCUUCAGAGUACAAGAAACAAUACUGUUUCUGGACGACCUGCAGUACCAUUGAUGUGGAAGAAUCGUCACGCUUAUAAUGAAGUUCCUAGGAAAAAUAAUCAUAAUCCUAAUGAAUAUAACCCUCCUUUAUUAGUUUCCAAUAGUUCUUCCAAGUCUGAAAAUAUUGAUCUGAAUAGUUCCAAAUUAUCAUACAAUUCAAAUACAAAUAAUGAUAUAAAUGGUCAAACUUUGACGCAAGUUACUGGUUCAGUGUCACCAUUUGGUGUAGGUGAACUGAACCAGAUUGAGGAUCUCAAUGCCAAUUUUAACAGGGGUGAUUUGGAAAAUUCUCAAAAUGUCACAGUUGAGGCAGUUAAAGAACAUGAAAACACUGAAAUUAGACAUCAUGAUCGGAGGAAGGGAAUGCAUGACCCAUUCAUGGGAAGCAAUUUGAAAUCAAAAGAUCUAGGAAGUCCUAGCUUGUCAAUUGAUUCCAUUACAAACAGGGUUGAUCAAGUAUUGGACGAUGUAGAUGUUGGUGAAUGUGAGAUUCCAUGGGAGGAUCUGGUUAUUGGUGAAAGAAUUGGUCUAGGUUCGUACGGCGAGGUAUACCAUGCUGACUGGAAUGGCACAGAGGUUGCGGUGAAGAAAUUUUUGGAUCAGGAUUUUUCAGGCGCUGCCUUGUCUGAAUUCAAAAGAGAAGUACGGAUAAUGCGUAGGCUGCGACAUCCCAAUGUUGUUCUUUUUAUGGGAGCUGUUACUCGUCCUCCCCAUCUCUCAAUUAUUUCAGAGUUUCUUCCAAGAGGAAGCUUGUACAAAAUUCUUCAUCGCCCUAAUUCUCAGAUUGAUGAGAAGCGAAGAAUAAAAAUGGCUCUGGAUGUGGCUAGGGGCAUGAAUUGCUUACACACCAGCACGCCUACAAUUGUUCACCGAGAUCUGAAGUCCCCAAAUCUUUUAGUUGAUAAGAACUGGAACGUUAAGGUUUGUGAUUUUGGGUUGUCACGCUUGAAGCACAACACAUUUUUGUCAUCCAAGUCAACUGCUGGAACGCCGGAAUGGAUGGCUCCUGAAGUUCUCCGCAAUGAGCCCUCAAAUGAGAAGUGUGAUGUUUAUAGUUUUGGAGUCAUCCUAUGGGAGCUUGCCACUCAAAGAUUGCCAUGGAGUGGAAUGAAUCCUAUGCAAGUUGUUGGUGCCGUAGGUUUCCAAAACCGUCGACUUGAUAUUCCUAAGGAAGUUGAUCCUUUAGUUUCAAGAAUAAUAUGUGGAUGUUGGCAACAGGAUCCAAAUUUGCGUCCCUCGUUUGCACAACUCACAGUGGCUCUGAAGUCCCUGCAGCGUUUAGUUAGCCCAUCUCAUCAAGACCCGGUAGCUUCACCUCUGCCCCAGGAGAUAUCUGUAAAUUCUACCCCAUGAAAAGUCUUCAUUUCCUCAAGUGUGAAUAACUAGGCUUUCGGCAAAGUUUACUUUUGUGCAUAUGAAGAUAUCAAAUGGAGCAUGAGCACAAUAAAAAGGGAAAAAAAUUACAUCAAAGCUUGUUACGGCAAGUUUUCGUGUCGAGGAAUGUAUUAAUUGCUGCUGCAGCCAAACAACUGCAGAGCCAUUUUGUAUUGUGUUAAUAGCUUGCCGAGGAACCAAAACUCGGUAAUAUGUGUAAAUUACUGUACAUCAUCCUUAUAUUUUUCUAAAUGUACGUGUUACCGGAAAAUCUAGAAUUUGGUCUAGCAGUUUGUAUGUUUAAGGUUUUAUCUGGUGACGAAACAUGUACGCUACAAAAAAGGCAUGCUGUUAGCA